AUGGCCGACUCUGGCACCCCGCCCGACUCUGGCACCCCGCCCAGGUCAGACCCAGAUGUCAGCCAAGCCCGUCGUCUUGAGCACCAGGAGUCCCCAUACAUCAAGGAGGAAGAGUCCGUUCACAUUACAGGUUUCAGAAACUAUAUUGGUGCUGAGCCAGAAUCUCCUGGCGUUAAAAAGGAUGUUGAGCUCCUCCAAAUCAAAGAGGAGGAGGAGCCCGAGCCCUGUCAACAACAGAAGGAGAGAGAAAAGCAACUUCAAAUCAAAAAGGAGGAGGAGGAGAAGCUACCAUUUGGUAAAGAGGAGGAAGGUAUCACCAGUUUGACUGACAGAGAUGGCACCACGUCACACUCACUUUACAAUGAUGAUGGUCAUAAGAAAUCUCACUGUGACGACAAACUCUGCAAAUGCUCUCAGUGUGGGAAAACCUUUACUAAUAAGUAUACUUAUCGUAAACAUAUGAGGAGCCACACUGGUGAAAAGCCUUUUUCUUGCUCACUUUGUGGUCAAAGAUUCGCUCAAAAGCAAAACCUACAAAGUCACGAACGAACCCACACUGGUGAAAAACCUUUUUCCUGCUCAGUUUGUGGUCAAAGAUUUGCUCAAAAGCAAAACUUGCAAAGUCACGAACGAACCCACACUGGUGAAAAACCUUUUUCUUGCUCAGUUUGUGGAAAAAGAUUCACACAGAAGAGCAUCUUAAACACACACACAAGAACCCACACUGGCGAAAAACAUUUUUCCUGCUCAGUUUGUGGUCAAAGAUUCACUCGAAAGCAAAACUUGCAAAGUCACGAACAAACCCACACUGGUGAAAAACCUUUUUCCUGCUCAGUUUGUGGUCAAAGAUUCGCUCAAAAGCAAAACUUACAAAGUCACGAACGAACCCACACUGGAGAAAAACCUUUUUCCUGCUCAGUUUGUGGUCAAAGAUUCACUCAAAAAAAUAACUUGAAAAUACACACAAGAAUCCACACUGGCGAAAAACGUUUUUCCUGCUCAGUAUGUGGUCAAAGAUUCACUCAAAAAAAUACCCUGAAAAUACACACAAGAAUCCACACUGGCGAAAAACCUUUUACCUGCUCAGUUUGUGGAAAAGGGUUUGUUCAGGCGGGAGAUUUAACAAAACACAGAAGAACCCACAUUGGCGAAAAACCCUUCAAAUGCUCUCGGUGUGGGAAUACCUUUGCUAUGAAGCAAAGUUUUCGGACGAAUAUGAGGAGCCACACUGGUGAAAAACCAUUUGUCUGCUCGGUUUGUGGUCAAGGAUUCGCUCAAAAAACAACCUUAAAACAACACACCAGAAGCCACACUGGUGAAAAACCUUUUUCCUGUGCAGUUUGUGGUAAAAGAUUCAGUCAGAAGAGCCAUUUAAAAGAACACACAAGAACCCACACUGGUGAAAAACCUUUUUCAUGCUCUGUUUGUGGUAAAAGUUUCAGUCACAAGAACACUUUAGAAAUACACACAAGAACCCACACUGGCGAAAAACCUCUUUCCUGCUCAGUUUGUGGUAAAAGUUUCAGUCACAAGUACACUUUAGAAAUACACACAAGAACCCACACUGGUAAAAGACCUUUUUCCUGCUCAGUUUGUAAUCAAAGAUUCGCUCAGAGGCCUCACUUAAAACGACACACAAGAACCCACAGUGGCGAAAAACCAUUUUCCUGCUCAGUUUGUGGUCAAAGAUUCACUGUAAAGGCAGCUGUGACGGUCCACAUAAGAACCCACACUGGCGAAAAACCUUUUUCCUGUGCAGUUUGUGGUCAAAGAUUCAGUCAGAAGAGCCAUUUAAAUCGACACACAAGAAACCACACUGCUUCGCCACCUCUUGUGCACUUGGAGAUAACCGACCAAGAACCAAACACGUCUACACCAACGUACGUGAAAGGUGGAGAAGUGUGCAGACGUUCUGGGGGCCGGUCUGCCAUCAGCUGUCCUUCCACUUUGCGACCCUGCUGCUCUCAGGGCUCCUUCAGUAAAAUGGCGGCCUUGGUGUUGCACCUUGUCAUGAUAUUGUCUCACGAGCAGUAA